AUGACCAAAACAUUCCGCCCAUUUCACCGUGGCGCCAGUCCUAGGACCCCUUCUAUAACAUCUCCUCAUGCUCUUCCCGCCCAGCCAGUGGUUGUUAAUACCCCGUCUCUGGAAAGCGCGGGCUUUCUGGGCCCCACCAGUUACCGAUACCUUCUCAGGGAGAGCCAAGGCGCCUCCGAUCCGAUUCCCGACUUGGGGAAGUACACCAUCGAACCAAGACAGCUUGAGUUGGGACUACGCAUCCUGGACUUCUUCUAUCGAGAGUCUUCGCUGCUCAAGAGUCUGACGGAGCAUAUCUAUGGUCUCAGUCGUAUGCCCAUCAUCCCUCAGACCAUCAUGCUGCCUGCGCUGAAUAACCUGUGGGACAUCGGUGACCGACAGCCCGUCAUCGGGGAAGCCGCCCGUCUACGCAUGGUGGUUCGGAUCUUUGAAAACACCUACAAGACCAUCAGCACGCCCAGCACCAUGCGAGCGGCCGAUCUCUGCCAAGCCAUCACUGGGAUGAAUGUCCGGUGGGAGUCGAUCGGUGCCGUGAUCACGCUCGCAAGCUUGACCAUGAUUCAUAUUCCCGAGCAUACAGUGACGCUGAUCGACACGCACCAGCGCUGUAAGAGUGAGCUUCUGCCUCAAGCUUUGGAGGUUACCGAACACCUGUCGCUUCUGAUUGACGCGUUACCGUUGGUCAACGAGUUGCUCGUUUCCCUGAAAUACUACCAGAUGCUACUCGCUGUCAGCCGCUUCGGUGAUUCGAGUCGCCGGCUAUAUUCGUCGCUUGGCGAGCUGUGCUCCUGCAUAUAUGCCACCGGCAUGCAUCGGAAUGACGUGCCGCGAGAACAAUCUCCAACCUUCAUCCAUCAAUGGCGCAGAACAUGUCUCUCGGUGGUGUACACCAUGGAUAAAACUAUCGCAACCGCGCUGGGUCGACCGCCCUUAAUGAAUCGGCACUAUUGCAUACUGGAGCCACCGCUGGACCUCGAUGAAGAUCCCGACCCCGAAGAACGUGAGUCCAACCUACGGUCGAUCGACGACCAUGGGUGGAAUGUAGAUAAGACGUCUCGGCCCGCGACCAUUGUUCGCCUGCGGCUCCUACUUGCCAAAAUGCGCGAGGAGGUCUUGGAGCUGCAUCUGGGUGUCAACGGCGUCGAUCUCGUCACACGAGCUGAAGAUGUGUUCCGAAGGUUGACAGUCAUGUGGGAGACGUGUCCAAACCACAUGAAGUACUCGGUGGACAUGUGGGACAGCUCGAUGUCGAUCUCCAGUCAUCGUCUUCUAGUCCUUCUCACUCUCUAUCUCGAUUAUCAGCAUUCUACGUUCUUGUUACAUCGAAUCAUCUCGGGGGACCGGUCCACCAAUGUUUUUAUUGUGGCCAUGAACAUCCUGAGCGCCAUACUCGUCAUCAACGACGAGCGUGAGCGGCUCCGAGAGAUUCGGAACGACUUCACCCAUAUUUUCCUCCAGUAUGGUCUUCCGAGUGUGCAGCUUCUCUGCACCGAAAUGCUUCACCGUUCUUCGGCCUCAUCAUUGACUGCUGUUCCGGGCUUCUCGCGCGCGCAGCUGAUCAGGCAGCUGACCGUGUAUGUCUCGUGUCUCAGCUGGGUGGCCCGACCGGGGAGUGGUAAUUUUGAGUUUUGCAAGCAAGUCAAAGCCAGGUUCACGCGCAUUCUGGACGAGAUUAUUGAUCCUAGCAAUGCCACCCCGGGAGCGCCAAUUGCGCCGAAUGAGACGGCGGAUUCAUAUACGGGUGGUGCUCCAGACCUGCUGGAUCCAGCGCACAGCUUCAACACCUUGUUGGACUGGGACAUUGAGAGCUUCUGGGAUCCGCGCCUAGACAUCUUCUGCGGGUCUGUGUUUUGA